AUGGACAUUCUCUUCGCUCAGAUCCAAGCCGACCUCCGCUCCAACGACGCCCUCCGCCAGUCCAGCGCCCUCCUCCAAUCCCUCCAGCAGUCCGCCGCCGGCCGCGACAUCUCCGUCCUCGCCAAGUCCGCCGUCGAAGAGAUCGUCGCCUCCCCCGCCUCCGCCGUCUGCAAGAAGCUCUCCUUCGACCUCAUCCGCUCCACCCGCCUCACCGCCGACCUCUGGGACACCGUCUGCACCGGCGUCCUCACCGAUCUCGACUUCCCCGACCCUGACGUCAGCGCCGCCGCCGUCUCCAUCCUCGCCGCGAUCCCUUCCUACCGCCUCUCCAAGCUCAUCUCCGACACCAAGAACCAGAUCACCAAAUGCUUCGACUCGCCGUCCGAUAACCUCCGCUUCUCCAUCACCGAGACGCUCGGCUGCAUCCUCGCACGUGACGAUCUCGUGACUCUGUGUGAGAACAAUGUCACUCUCCUCGAUAAGGUCUCCGGCUGGUGGGCCCGCAUCGGCCAGAACAUGCUCGACAGCUCCGACGCCGUUUCCAAAGUCGCCUUCGAGUCGGUGGGGCGGUUGUUUCAGGAGUUCGAUACCAAAAGGAUGAGCAGGCUCGCCGGAGAUAAGCUAAUCGACAGUGAGAAUUCUCUCGCGAUUCGAUCCAAUUGGGUUUCGUCAAUGGUGGACUUCGUCUGGAAGAAGCGUAGUGCGUUGAUGGCGAGGUCGCUGGUUUUGCCGGUGGAGAAUUUCAGGGCCACCGUGUUUCCGAUUGUGUAUGCAGUCAAGGCUUUCGCCUCCGGCUCCGUCGAGGUCAUAAGGAAGCUGUCCAAGGCUUCCGGUGGUGCUAACGGGACUGUUGUGGAUAGUAAUGCUGAGAGAUUGGUGGGAGUUUCGGAUGUGGUGACGCAUUUGGUGCCGUUUUUGGCAUCGUCUUUGGAUCCAGCUUUGAUUUUCGAGGUGGGAAUGGACAUGUUGUACUUGGCUGAUGUUCCUGGUGGGAAGACUGAGUGGGCUUCACAGUCGAUUAUUGCGAUUCUCACACUUUGGGACAGGCAAGAGUUUGCUUCGGCUAGGGAAAGUAUUGUUAGAGCUGUUGUUACCAAUCUUCAUCUUCUUGAUCUUCAUAUGCAGGUUUCAUUGUUUAAAAAGCUGCUUCUUAUGGUGAGAAACUUGAGGGCAGAAUCAGAUCGCAUGCACGCGUUAGCAUGUAUUUGUAGAACAGCUCUUUGUGUUGAUCUCUUUGCAAAGGAAAGUGUCCGGAGAGGCCAGAAACCUCUGGCCGGAACUGAUAUAGCCUCACUUUUUGAGGAUGCAAGAAUAAAAGAUGAUCUGAAUAGUGUGACCAGCAAGACCUUAUUUCGGGAGGAGUUAGUAGCAUCGUUAGUAGAAAGUUGCUUUCAGUUGUCUCUACCUUUGCCUGAACAAAAGAACUCAGGGAUGGAGAGCAGGGUUAUUGGAGCUUUGGCAUAUGGAACUGGUUAUGGUGCACUGAAUUGGACAGAGCCUGCUCUUGAAGUCGUGGAGGUAUGUAGACCAUGUGUCAAAUGGGAUUGUGAUGGCCGGACUUAUGCAAUUGAUUGCUAUUUGAAGUUGCUUGUUCGGCUGUGCCAUAUCUAUGAUACAAGGGGAGGUGUAAAAAGAGUAAAAGACGGGGCUUCACAAGACCAAAUUUUAAAUGAGACAAGGUUGCAGAACUUGCAGCGUGCACUUGCGAAAGGUCUACGUGAGGUGAAUACGCCAAGAAUAUGUGCUCGCGUUAUUUGGGCUAUAUCAGAGCACAUAGACGUAGAAGGGUUGGAUCCCCUGCUGGCUGAUGAUCCUGAGGAUCCACUGAACAUUAUUAUUUUGAAUAUGCGCAAGGUCUUGUUCGACAUAAAUUCAUCUUCAGAUUCGACAAAUAGGCUUCUAGAUGUUCAGGCAGUUUUAUUAUGUGCCCAGCGGUUGGGAUCACGCAAUGCUAGGGCUGGACAGUUACUGACUAAAGAACUCGAAGAGUUCAGGAACAGUAGUAUGGCUGAUUCAGUAAACAAGCAUCAAUGCCGUAUGAUAUUGCAGAGGCUCAAGUAUGCUUCAAGCCAUCCAGAACGCAGGUGGCCAGGAGUCACAGAAGCCAGAGGUGAUUACCCAUUCAGCCACCAUAAACUAACUGUUCAGUUCUACGAAUCAGCUGCAGCUCAGGAUAGAAAAUUAGAAGGAUUGGUUCAUAAUGCUAUUCUGGAGCUUUGGAGGCCUGAACCUAGUGAACUAACCCUUCUGUUGACAAAAGGAGUUGAGUCUACUUUGCUCAAGGUUCCUCCUAGUGCAACUACUUUGACUGGUAGCAGUGAUCCCUGCUACAUUGAAGCAUAUCAUUUGGCAGAUUCUAGUGAUGGAAAGAUAUCUUUGCAUUUGAAGGUCUUAAACUUAACUGAGCUUGAACUCAAUCGGGUUGAUAUUCGAGUUGGGUUAUCUGGUUCACUAUAUUAUAUGGAUGGGUCUCCACAAGCAGUUCGGCAGUUGCGUAACCUUGUUUCACAGGAUCCAGUACCCUGCAGUGUAACUGUGGGUGUCUCCCAUUUUGAAAGAUGCGCCCUUUGGGUUCAAGUUUUAUACUACCCCUUUUAUGGAAGUGCAGCUUCAGAUUAUGAAGGUGACUACUCUGAAGAAGAUCCACAAAUCAUGAGACAAAAGAGAAGUUUAAGGCCUGAACUGGGAGAGCCUGUCAUUUUGAGGUGUCAGCCAUACAAAAUUCCAUUGACGGAGCUACUCAUCCCACAUAAAAUCUCACCAGUUGAAUUUUUCCGGCUGUGGCCAAGUUUACCAGCCAUAGUUGAGUACACUGGUACAUAUACCUAUGAAGGAAGUGGCUUCAAGGCUACUGCUGCUCAGCAAUAUGGAGCAUCUCCUUUCCUAAGUGGGCUGAAAUCCUUGUCAUCAAAGCCAUUCCACAAAGUUUGUUCACAUAUUAUUCGGACAGUAGCAGGAUUUCAGCUCUGUUUUGCUGCGAAAACUUGGUAUGGUGGCUUCUUGGGCAUGAUGAUUUUUGGAGCUAGCGAGGUGAGCCGGAAUGUCGACCUUGGCGAUGAGACUACAACCAUGAUUUGCAAAUUUGUCGUUCGAGCUUCUGAUGCAUCAAUUACGAAGGAGAUUGGAUCCGAUCUACAGGGAUGGUUGGAUGAUCUCACUGAUGGGGGUGUUGAGUACAUGCCUGAAGAUGAAGUGAAGGUGGCUGCCGCUGAGAGGCUUAGGAUCUCAAUGGAACGGAUAGCAUUGCUAAAGGCAGCCCAACCUAAAAGGGCUCCCAAAUCUGAUGAUGAGGCCGAAGAAGAAGAAGACAGUGAUGAGGAAGAUGAUUUUACAACAAAGAAAAAGAAGGAAAAGAAAAAAGAUGGUGAGGAGGAAGACGGCAAGAAAAAGGGACCUACAACCUUGUCCAAGUUGACUGCAGAGGAGGCCGAACACCGUGCUCUUCAACAAGCAGUGCUCCAAGAGUGGUAUACAUUGUGUAAAGAUAGAGGUGCAAAAGUAAACUGAUUUACAUUUCUUCGACCAUCAUAUCACAGCUGGGUAUCCUUGCAUUUACUGGGGUUCAACUUUUGUGGGGUAUCAAGGAGCUGAGUUGCCCGUCCAGGUUGAGUCAAUCCAACUCCCUCACACUCCUGUACGAGUCAGUUAUGGGCAUUGAAGGGAACUAACAAUGUGUGGUGGUAUGUUACGACUAACUGUGUACUAAAAUUUUGACUCAGCCGAGCAGGUGUUUUUGGUUCCACGGGGAAUCCCUUGCCUUUGCAACUCCAAUCAGUCACUUGCCUGUGUCUUUUGUACGAGUGUUAACCAUUCCUUGUAGAUGCGGCAGUAGUUUUUGGCCCUGGCUUUUGUAGUGUGCAGUUUGUGUGGUUUGAAGAUUGUGCUUGCAAUCUGGAGUUUGCCAUUCUUUGUGUUAUUAUACAAGUCUGUUUCUGGGUCUGUUGUUCAUCAACACAUAAUACAUGAAAGAUUUCAAUUCAUUCAGCAACAGCUUUCAAUGUACUUCAUAUAUUUGCAUGGCAUGUUACAAUCUUCGAUUUGUUGAACAUUCAUUCACUUAUUGAACAGUAUUUU